AAUUUAUAUACCAUUCCAUAUCGAUCUUAACCUCGAACUAUAUUGGUAUUGGUCUCGAGGUUGACGACGAUGGUGAGGCUUAACUCCGGCGCCGUCGUGUUGUUUCUCUGCCUGGGGCUUGCAUUCGUCUCCGGGCAGCCUGCAGAGGCCGCCGGCAGCAAGAAAGAUGUUGACGUUGAGGGAACGGUUAGGAAGGAAGUGGCCAAGGCCAUCAAGAGCAACCCCCGCGUCGGCGCCGCCCUGGUCCGGUUGCUCUUCCACGACUGCUGGGUUCAUGGUUGCGACGGAUCAGUGCUCUUGGAUAGCAACGGCAGCAACAACAGCAGUACUGAGAAGAGGGCGGAGAACAACAUAGGCCUCGCUGGCUUUGACGUGAUCGACACGAUCAAGGCCAAGCUCGGCGACAACAUCUCUUGUGCCGACAUAGUCGUCCUGGCCGCCCGUGACGCGACCGACAUCCUCAGUCGUGGCAAGAUCGUGUACGGCGUCUCCACAGGACGAAAGGAUGGCGUCAUCUCAACAGCCGCCGCUGCCGAUGCCGUCCUCCCGCCCUCUACCCUCAACUUCGACCAGCUCAAGGCCAACUUCGCUGCCAAGAACUUCACCCAAAGAGAGCUCGUCGUCCUCUCCGGUGCGCACGCCAUUGGCGUUGCCCACCUUUCGUCCUUCAUUGAUCGUCUCAAACCGUCCACGUCCACCCCGAUCAGUGAAACCUACCAGAAGGCGCUCGGCGACCAUGUCAAGGCCCAGAAAAAGGUGCAAGGAACGCCUGACCCAGCGGAGAUGAACAACAUCCGCGACAUGGACCUGACCUUCCAAAAUAAGUCUGGCUAUCAUCCCACUAGGGUGAACAUGACUGCGACGGCCGUCCUCGACAACAGCUACUACAGCGCCAACCUCCAGAACAUGGUGCUCUUCAGGUCUGAUUGGGAGCUACGUAACGACAGCAGUAACGCCGCCGGGGACGCAAUGGAAGAGUUCAUGGAGAAUGCUUCAAAGUGGUUCCUCCUCUUCGGCAAGGCCAUGGCCAAGCUCAGCGAGCUCCCUGCCGAGGGCACCCGCUUCGAGAUCAGGAAGAACUGCAGAAAGACCAACUAGAAGAGCUGCCACACAUCGAGCCAGAAUGUACUUUGAUUCUCUCUAUUUCUAUUUUGAAAGGUUCCUCAACUGAAUUUUUUAUUACCCCUACUUAAUAACAAACAAGUUCAUAGUA